AGGAACUUCGAAGUGAGAAAAAGUUUGGCUGUAACUGGAACCAAAAUGUCCUGCAUAGAUCCCUAUCAGCACAUUAUAGUGGAGCAUCAGUAUUCACACAAGUUCACGGUGAAUGUGUUAAGGGCCACGAAAGUGACAAAAGGCGCCUUUGGUGAUAUGCUUGACACCCCAGAUCCUUAUGUGGAACUUUUCAUCUCCUCAACUCCUGAUAGCAGAAAACGGACAAGACACUUCAAUAAUGAUGUGAACCCUGUGUGGAAUGAAACUUUUGAAUUUAUUUUGGACCCUAAUCAGGAAAACAUUUUGGAGAUUACUUUAAUGGAUGCCAAUUAUGUCAUGGAUGAGACACUAGGCACAGCAACAUUUCCUAUUUCUUCUAUGAAAGUGGGGGAGAAGAAAGAAGUUCCAUUUAUUUUUAAUGAAGUAACUGAAAUGAUUUUGGAAGUAUCCCUCGAAGUCUGCUCUUCUCCUGACCUUCGAUUUAGUAUGGCUCUGUGUGAUCAGGAAAAAAUCUUCCGACAACAGCGAAAAGAAAACAUCAAGGAGAGUAUGAAGAAACUCCUGGGCCCAAAGAAGAGUGAAGGCCUGUGUUCAGCACGCGAUGUGCCAGUGAUUGCUGUGCUGGGUUCAGGUGGUGGGUUCCGUGCCAUGGUGGGAUUUUCUGGUGUGAUGAAGGCACUCUAUGAAUCAGGAAUUUUGGAUUGUGCCACAUAUGUUGCUGGUCUUUCUGGCUCAACCUGGUACAUGUCAUCUCUAUAUUCUCAUCCUGAUUUCCCAGAGAAGGGACCAAAGGAAAUUAAUGAAGAGCUAAUGGCCAAUGUCAGCCACAAUCCCCUUUUGCUGCUCACACCCCAGAAAGUGAAACGCUAUAUUGAGUCCUUGUGGAAAAAGAAAAGCUCUGGGCAACCAGUCACUUUUACUGACAUCUUUGGGAUGUUAAUUGGAGAAACCCUAAUCAACAAUAGAAUGAGCAGCACUCUAAGUAGUUUGAAGGAAAAAGUAAAUGAGGCACAGUGUCCCUUGCCCCUCUUUACCUGUCUCCAUGUGAAACCUGACGUUUCAGAGUUGAUGUUUGCAGAUUGGGUGGAAUUCAGUCCAUAUGAGAUUGGGAUGGCUAAAUAUGGUACAUUUAUGGCUCCUGAUUUAUUUGGAAGCAAAUUUUUUAUGGGCACAGUUGUGAAAAAAUAUGAAGAAAAUCCCCUUCACUUCUUAAUGGGUGUUUGGGGUAGUGCAUUUUCUAUACUAUUCAACAGAGUCCUGGGAGUUUCUGGUUCCCAAAAUAAAGGGUCCACCAUGGAAGAAGAAUUAGAAAAUAUUACACCAAAACAUAUUGUCAGUAAUGAUAGUUCAGACAGUGAUGAUGAAUCGCAGGAGCCCAAAGGCACUGAAAAUGCAGAUGCUGAAAAGGAAUAUCAAAAUAAUAACCAAGCAAGUUGGGUUCAGAGGAUGCUCAUGGCCUUGGUGAGUGAUUCGACGUUAUUCAACACCCGAGAAGGACGUGCUGGGAAAGUACAUAACUUCAUGCUGGGCUUGAACCUUAAUACCUCCUAUCCACUAUCUCCUUUGAGAGGCAUCUCUACUCAGGACUCUAUGGAGGAUGAUGAAUUGGAUGCUGCUGUGGCAGAUCCUGAUGAGUUUGAGAGAAUAUAUGAACCCCUAGAUGUCAAAAGUAAAAAGAUCCAUGUGGUCGAUAGUGGGCUCACAUUUAAUCUACCCUAUCCUCUGAUCUUGAGGCCUCAGAGAGGUGUGGAUCUUAUCAUCUCCUUUGAUUUUUCUGCAAGGCCAAGUGACUCCAGUCCUCCUUUUAAGGAAAUUCUGCUUGCUGAAAAGUGGGCUAAAAUGAAUAAGCUUCCCUUUCCCAAGAUUGAUCCUUAUGUGUUUGAUCGAGAAGGUCUGAAGGAAUGUUACGUCUUCAAACCCAAAAAUCCUGAUGUAGAGAAAGAUUGCCCAACCAUUAUUCAUUUCGUUCUGGCCAAUAUCAACUUCAGGGACUAUAAAGCUCCAGGAAUUCCAAGAGAAACACAGGAAGAGAAAGAUUUUGCUGAUUUUGAUAUUUUUGAUGAUCCUGAAUCUCCAUUCUCUACCUUCAACUUUCAAUAUCCAAAUCAAGCUUUUAAAAGGCUUCAUGAUCUAAUGCAUUUCAAUACGCUGAAUAAUAUAGAUGUGAUAAAGGAUGCCAUAUUUGAAAGCAUUGAGUACAGACGCCAGAACCCAUCUCGUUGUUCAGUUUCUCUCAGUAACAUUGAGGCACGAAGAUUCUUUAACAAAGACUCCCUAAGCAAACCUUCAGCAUAG